AUGCGAGUGCUUCAUCCACUCAGUCUAAUUCUAAUACUUGUUUUAAAUCGCCUCCUCUGCUCCUCCUUCACUCUUCCCACGAAGUUUAAGAAACCUCCAAUUAGUACCGAACAGGCCAUUCGUUUAUUGCACAAAUAUGGUUAUUUGAAUCCACCGGAAAGAAUCAACUCUGGAGACCCGAUUCCUUCUGGACUUAGCAUCUUUUCAAGAAGAGUACAAUCUGAUAUAAUGGCGAUGACAAAUCCGAAUAAACUCUACCGUGAGGCAAUCGAGACGUUCCAGAAACGAUAUGCUCUCCCCGUUACCGGGAGGUUAGAUGGUAGAACUCUCGAGUUGCUCUCUUCUCCCAGAUGUGGAAACCCUGAUAUUAAAAAAAGUGAGAGUUCCAGCCAAUCGGAGCAAAGGUCAGAGGGUCUUCGAAGGACGAAAAGGUAUCUUAUCGGUGACCUCAAAAUGCGGUGGACUAAAAAGAAGUUAACUUGGCAAAUACAGAGUUACCCAACACAUCACCUGAAUCGGUCUCAAACCCACGCUGUCUUCCAACACGCUUUCAACAAGUGGUCUAGUGUGGCAGAUUUGGACUUCGUAGAAGAAAAGAAUUACUACAAAGAUGCUGAUAUUAUCAUUAAAUUUGGGUCACGAAAACACGGCGAUUCAAUUGCAUUUGAUGGACCAGGAGGGGUUCUGGCUCACGCUUUCUACCCGAUGCCGGAGCCUGUCUAUUCACUGGCUGGAGAUGCCCACUUUGACGACGAGGAGGCUUGGUGGGAUGGACCACAUAAAGUGUAUCGAGAUUUGCUGUCAGUGGCUACUCAUGAACUGGGGCACAGUAUGGGGUUGGGCCAUUCUUCAGUUCAGACCUCUAUCAUGUAUCCCUACUACAUGAGCAAUUGGAAACGCGUGGAGCUUGACAAAGACGAUAUUGCUGGGAUGCAGAAGAUAUAUGGUGCUCCUAAGCCCGGCAAGAAACUUCCUGAUAUUCCCGACCUACCAGAUAUUCCCUCUAUUCCUGAAACAACGACUGUAAAACCAGAUUUGACAAAGCAGAUCGACUAUUGCAACACCAGUAUUGAUGCAAUAAUAGAAGUCCGUGGUCUAGAAUUGUACAUAUUCCAUGGAGAGUAUCAAUGGCGAGUGACAUGGUCCAAAACUGUGUCGAACUGGAUUUCCUACCAACUGAGAGAUGGACCGACAAAAAUUGCCUACUACUGGAAUGUACUGCCACCUGAUGUCGACUAUGUAGACGCGGCUAUUGAAAGACCUGAUUCUCUCAUUUACAUUUUUAGAGACAAUAAAUUUUGGCUACUUAUCGACAAUAAACGACUGGCUGGCGAUUGUCCAAUUACAGGCCUUCCUCUGACAAAACUUGGACUUCCUGCAAGCCUAAGAAAAGUCGAUGCCGUUUUCAAAUGGGAUGUCAACAAGGAAUUCUACAUAUUCGCAGGUGAUCAGUACUGGCUGCUAGAUGUAAAAGCUUUCCCUCCAUUCGGAAAAGUUGCCUCAUCUCCAGAUUAUCCAAGGCGAAUAAAAGAUACUUGGCGAGGAAUACCGACACCAGUCUCCUCUGCAUACACUACUCUCAAUGGCGAAACGUUAUUCUUUCAUGGAUCUAAUUAUUAUGCAUUCGACAAUACGGCGAUGAGAGCAAGGAAAGGAUACCCAAAACUUACAAGGCUAGGCAUAAUUGGAUGCCAAGAAAAUUAG